UGAGAGCUCUGAUUCUGGCGAGCAAGCCGAACUUCCUCAGACAACACAAUCUGGUCCCCGUUCUCCGGCUAGGUGGGUAGAACAGCUCAGGCACCCAAUGAGGGUGCUUGAGAAGGUUUUUCCUGCGGACUGCUUGGCGAAGAGGAGGGGAGAGCCUUGCAAAAACAUCUGUGAGAGGUUAUGUGGCCUCCUAGCUCAGGCUGCAUUGGAGACACUGGCUCUUUGCAAAGAGCAAGACCUGCACGAGAAUGACCUACAAUCCUUGGGCGAGCUUGAGACUACACGGGCAAAACUGAAAGAUACCCAGGCUCAACUUGACGAUGCUCGAGCCCAACUUAAUGAGACUGCGCUCUUCAGAACUCUCUGCAGCGACCUGAAGGCUAAGGUAACCAAGUGUAAUUUGACACGAGCAGUACUGGAGGAGAAGGAGGCCGUGCUCAAAUCUGUCAAGGAGCUAGAAUCGGAGAAGGCCAGAUCAGCCAAGCUUGGAUCAAUCGAUACUGACUUUGGGGCUGCCCGAGCUAAGCUGGAGGCACUGCACAAAGAGUUUGAGUCAGAGAAGACCAAGUCUACAGCUUUGGAGGGUCUUCGGGAGGAGCUAGCAGCUGAGAAGAAAAGGUUGGCCAAAGUGGAAGCCAAUCUUCAGGCUAAACAAGCUGAGUUGACGACGGAGCUUAACGAUGUCAAGACCGAACUUGAUGCUGAGUUGGCCCGUUCCUCCCAGCAUGGAAUCAAGCUAAGUACCAUGCAGAGGGGGUUGGAGAAUACUCAACUGAAGCUGAGGCACAGCCAGGGGAAGUUGGAGUCAGUUUCAGAUAAGUUGGAAAUUACCCGGAAAGACCUGGAAACUGAGAGAGCUUAACAUCCCAACUUGAGAGCCAACUUUGGAAGGCUCGGAUGAGCAGGACAACCGCCUGGGGCAUCGGUUUCACACAAGGGUUUGACACCCUCAGGGACUUGGUCGAAGGAGGUCCCCCAAAAAUGGACAUUUCAAAGCUUGAUGCGGAGGACUUUGUUCCAGGAGAUAGAACAUCAAAUGCAUUAAUUCAUUGGUUGGUUUCAUCUGGAAAUCUCUAAAUAUUACUCUCAAUCACUUGGUUAUGACAACGUCAAAGAUACUAAGUGUUAAUUGCUGCAACUUCUGCCAACGAGUUGAAAACCUCUGUAUGUUCUCUCUCUCCCUCUUCCUCUCAAACUCAUAUAUUUAUGCAGGUGUGUGUAUGUGUGCUAGCUACAUAUGCUAUAAGUAUGAGUGUUAAUUAUAUAUUAGAAAGACUCCAACAUCAAGCGGUACCAGCUUUAUUGAAAAGGUACAAGGCAUAUUAUACAUUACAUCCAGGAACCUACCAACCUCCUUAUGGGAGAUUUUGAUGAGGUUAUCUCUUCCUCUCUGAAAAGUGAAAACACACAAAACACAGGGAUAGACUACUGUCAUGGAUGAGAUGAUUACAGUGAUUUGAAGUGAUUCAGAACUGAAUCAGAAAGCUUAGAGAAAACCCACACUAUACAGGUUAGAGCUUCCUUGGACAAUAUUACAUUUAUAAACAAAUUUUAAUAAAUAAAAUUGAUGAGGUGAUGUAUUCUUGGUGCUUUAUUUCUCAUUGUUUUUUAACUGAGUGAAAACUGGCACUUGGGUGAACUCGAGCAAAUAUUGUGUGGAAGAUACAAUCUGUAAACAAAACUCCGAGAACUACCUUGCUGCACUGGUAUUCAUUUUGGUUCAAUUAUUUGUUACAUAUAAGCUUCCCACAUGUCACUUUAUCUAAAAAUAAUCAAAAAUAUCAAUGCCUAUUUUUGGUUAAUUAGAUUAGUUUGAAAUAAAAGAACUGUGAUACAUUGUAUUGGCUGAGCCCUUUAGAGUUUAGAUUUGAACGAUUUUGGGGAUGCAUUUUUAGUUUAUGCUCCGAUUUCACUGGAUAUCUCUUAACCAUUAAUUCAACUAAUUCAAGGGCUUCCAAUUUUCCAGGUGGUUUAUUGUUGGAGCUCCUAACAGCACAAUCUGUUUUUCAUCUACAGAUCUAAGUGGGUCAUUUUCACUUUGGUAGAUGUCUCAUUUGGAGGGUUUCUUUUUUGUUUUGCAUUCUAUGUAGUGUCUAACUGUCUAUUGUUUCUUUUAUUCAUAUGAGUUUCUGAAUUUUAGAGAAAUGGGGGAUCUGUGCAAUGAUUGUAUUUAGAGAAAUGGCGAGUGAAAUACAUAAACUUGCUUGUGUUAUGAGCUUCUUAAUAUAAAAUUUGAAAUUUUUGGCUAUCUUCUUUUUUCAAAAAGUCCAUUUAAGAUUAUCUUUGUCCUUUUCCUAUUAAAUACAAAAUACUAGCGACUUUAUAGGUUUCGUUCCUCCCAGCUUUUCAUACCUAUAUGAGGGAGAUGAGGUGAACAUGACUCUGGGUCUCAGGUUAAGUUAGAGGGUAAAUACUCCGCGAGAAGAUUUCAGAGAAUCUUAUCUGGAUUUUGGCUACAAGGAGCAAAGCGCAGAUCAACAAGGUAUGCAAUUGAGCUCUGUAUGACUUCAGAAAGAUAUCAUGUAUUUUUGUUCUCAUUUUGACCUCGCAUCUUGCUGUUAAUUGAGUUAUUGCAUGGCACUUUGGCUUGGAAUGGUUUGGGUUUCUCAUGGGAAUUCAGGGGCUAUUGAGUAUUCAGGUAAAUCAAUAAAGGAUCCGAGAUUCUUGAGGCCCUCGCAUCUCUGGAAGACAAUAUUGCUCAAGAUGGCCGGUCCACUUCUGAAGGAGUUCUACAUGAAGAGGACCCUGCUGAACCUGGGACCGAUGAAGCCCAAAGUAGUUCUUCUUCGGCAUGAUUUUCUGUAGGAUUUUUGCUGUUUUUGUUUUCUUUUUGUAUCCAAACUGUGCCUAAUGUGUUGCGGCGUUUUUACAUGACUUUCCUUUGCGCAUAGACUUGGAAGCACUUAGGUUAGAUUGGCUCCGUGCCUGGCACUUACAAGAGCCCUUUUGUGUACAUUUAGGAAGAAUACCAAAGAGUUAGCAGAAUAGUACAGAGAAACUUCCUAUAGUUCCCUUGUAUGGCACAUAUUUUGGGUAAGAGUUCAUACCAAGGCACAUAUUUAUACUUU